AGAAGGGAGAAGAGGGAAAGAGAAAAGGAGAAAUUGAGAGAGAUGGAAGAAGAAAUAUGGAUGUAAGGAGGGAGAGGGUCCUUCUCAUCCCACUCUUUUAACGCCAUAUUCGCCUCUCCCCCUUCCUAUCCUUCCUGUUCCUCUUCCCUUUCCGUUCCCUUCCGCCCCCGCCCGUAACCCGUAAGUCGGCCCCGCCCCCUCCUCUUCCGCCACGAGACUGGAGUCCGUAGCUCCGCGUUGGAUUAGUGUGGCCCGCGAGUCGGUCGGGACGAGACGGACGCGAGACUACACUGUGUUGGGAGUGAAGAAUCCAUCUUAAGAGAGAUUCCUUGCCUUUUCACCGAUGCCUUGCGUUUGAUCUUUAAGAAGCUGUUCUGAUCAAUUAAAGGGUUAUACGCAUCGCCAAGGUCUUAAAAGGGGCAGUGUUUCAAGUGACGCACCAUAACUAAAGUGUCUGCGGUAGCGAAGACGAAACAGAACAUAGAUAAGAAACAAAACAAAGAGAUAAGUGAGCGAAAAUAAGUCCCUCUGGCUCGAUCGAGAGCCGAAGGACCCCCGUGGACCCGCGAGUCAGGACGUGCCGGAGGCCACUCGGAGGCGCCCCCCAUGUGCAGGAGCCCGAAACCCGGCGAAUUGUUCCCUAAGGCGAUGUGGCCAGCUCCUCCACGAUGUUGAAGAUCCACAUGCUCGAGAGCCUCCUUCCGGUGGACCAACCCGAAGAGGACUCGGCCAACAAUAACAGCAGGAGCCUCAGCAGGAACAGCAGUCACUACGGAAGCAUCAACAGCAACCACCACAACAGCAACCAUUUCCUCGCGCGCCACCACCACCAGCGGCACCACAGCGACAGCAUCAGCAUCAUCAGUGGCACCGGAAGCACGGUCAGCAACAGCACGGGCAGCAACAGUCUCAGGAGCGACAGCAACGGAAACAUGCUGGCCUUCACCAGGACGCUCAGCAAGAGAUAUGGAAGGUACGUUGUUGGCUCUGGGUUGUCUUUGAGGGUCCUUUAA